AAUAAGUUUUCGCUGGCUUUUGAAACUUUUAGUACGAUUUUCGUCGUCAACGGGGUUAUCACGCGCUGCUUUCGGCUUUCCGGCGUCUAUCUCGGACCGUUCGCAUGCUACGGGAGAAGCCAAGCGCUCUAACGAAAGAAGCAGCACUCAACGAUCGUUUAAAAAUAAAAAGUCAAAAUUGUUAGUGAUUUAUCGCAUCAGCAACAGCCCUCAACUCGUUCCAGCAAGCAUACAACACACACACACCAUGCGGCGGAAUCAUCAUUUUUGGGUGAAAACGGAACCGACUGCCUUGGUUCUACUGGCCGUGGCGAUAAGUGUGUCUGCGAUACGGGUAGAUUGGAAUACAAACACUGGGCCAAUAGUGCCCCCAACCAGCACACCAGCACCCGUUCCUCAGCCACCAUUCCGUGAGCCUGCUCCAGUUUGGGAAGAUCAAUCCGAUGACAUCCCGAAUCCUAACCCCUACAGGUACAUUCUACCACCACCAUCGCGCCACAAGUACAAUGACAUUACCCUGGAGCAGCGCAAACAGUCCCAACAGCAGCAGCAACAGCAGCAUCAGUCUCGGAAUGGAAAUGCUCUAACCGUCCCGCCAGCAAAUCCAACCCAAACUCUCUCAACGGCUGCCCCGACCGGCCAGAUCAUUGAUAAGCCACAGGCCCACCAACAACCCCUAGCUUCCGGUGUUAACAACGCAGCCCCAGCGAACAGUCAGCAACCGCAACAACAACAGCAACCCCAGCAGGUCGUGCCAAGUCUUGCGGUACAGUACGUGCCCAACAAAGGUCUCAAGUAUUAUGCCGUCGUACCGAAGCACACGGAAGUGUCGUAUGCAGCGGCCAAGCAAGCGCUGCUCGCUACCAACGAUCUCUACGACCAGCAGCUUGCCCAGAGCAAGUACGAUAAGUACGAUAAGCUCAACGGAAAGUACAAUCCCAAGCUGAAGAAGUACAAGGCCUACGAGAAGGUUAAAUACAUGCCGUACAUUGUGUAUUACGAUGCCACCAAGCAGCAGUACUACUACACCAAUGUUCCUUCAAAUAUGCUCGUAAAUAAUAGGGUUUAAUGGGUCUGAGUGCAGGGAGAGUUAGUAAAAGGCCAAACGCAAACAGAGGAAAAACUAAAACAGCAUUAGAGAAAGUGGCUCCAUAUCAUGCGAUCAGAAACAAAAAAUCCUUUCUUGUUCCCCAAUUUUGUUUCCCAAAACAACUAGAGCGAGAAGAGUACCUUUGCUCAUGUUGGUAGAUGAAGUUUUUGUUACCGAUAUUUAACUAACCACACGAGACUUUUACUCAUAACCUGACUAAUGGUUUGAGUUACAUCCGGUGGGAAUGCUGAAUUUUAUGAAAAAAUAAAAUAAACUGGAGCUCUACACUUGUACACAACAUGCCAUGUUCAACAAUUCCAUAAAAAAAUAGCGAAAACAAAACACAAGUGGCUUAGCACAAACACACAACAACAGGAGCACAGUAUGGAAACACGCAUUUCAUGCAUUUAGGGUUAGCGAAAAAAUCGAGUACCAGAUAGGCGAAUAAAUGUAAAACCAUUUGGAGAAAAUUAACGUAAGAAAAGCAACUGGCUGAAGAUAGCAACAGCAAAAGAAGUUUGAG